CCUGCUUCUGUGCUCCUCAGCGACGCUUGUCUCAGCCAAAUUUCAGCUCUCCAUAUGUAGGCAAAGUAUGGAUUUUCAAUCUCCUUCGACUUAUCUCCACUUGGUUCAGAAUCUCUGAGCCAAAACCGGAACCCUAGAAGUCGGCGCCGCUUUCCUGCCGUGAGAAACUCGAGGAGACAACUUCCGCUUCCGGUUGGCUCCCGCUGCAAGGUUGAAUAGUGUGUGUCUUGGGAGGUCAGCGUGUUGUCAGGUAAAUCCGGGGAUUGAACCAGGCCCUUGCGCUCGCCAGACAUGGCCCCAGGGCAUGGGCAUGGACAGGAGCAUGGUCAUCCUAAGUUGGAAUUUCCAGACUAUAAACAAUGGAGAAUAGAGGGGACACCAUUGGAAACUGUGCAGAAGAAGCUGGUGGCACAAGGCCUAAAGGACCCGUGGGGCCGCAAUGAAGCUUGGAGAUACAUGGGUGGCUUUGCACACAACGCUUCCUUUCUUGGUGCAGUCUUAAAAGGAUUCAAGUGGGGAUUUGCAGCAUUUGUGGUGGCUCUUGGGGCUGAGUAUUACCUGGAGUCCCUGGAUAAAGAUAAGAAGCAGCACUGAAGAUGGUUCCCAGAAGUGGUUCAGUGACUUCAUAACUCUUGAAGAUAAGAUUUUUCUAUGGUAGCCCAGUUGUCUCUGUGUGUGUGUGUGUGUGUGUGUGUGUCCCUUAAAGAAGGCUGGUUAAAAUUUAAUA